UAUCAUCUCUUGACACUUGGCUUCCAUUUUUUCGUACCUACCCUGUAAUACCGCAUGAUGGCACCAAACCAAUAAAAAAACUCCCUGGGUAUUACAGAGACCUCUGUGCUGCGGACAAAAUUAAAUGAUCGGAGUCUUGUCUUCAAAAUGAAAGUCAUCGGAAACUGAUACAAACAGUAGAAUGAGUCAGUGGCCUAAGCAAGUCGUCUGGUCUAAUGAAAUAAUAGCAUGUAUUCCUGGUGUAGAAUUCAACUAUAGAAAUGUAUACACAAAGAUGUGUCUAAGCUGCUGUAACAGGUGAACAUUUCACUCGUUGUAAAGGUUUUCGUAAGUUUCAGUAAAGACUUUUCUUUUGAAGACAAACAGUCGAGUCCAGUAAUGUUCCUCACGGUACUGAUGUUAACAGCACAGGUACAGGAACCUGUCUGAUUUUCAUUCCAUCGGAUAAGUGUCAGGAACAACAACCUGCGAACAUCGGUCGGUCAAUGUUUGGUUCAGUAACCUGCAUACUGGAUAGAAGACACGAAAGUAAUAUAGUCUCAGGAGGAGACUUGUUUCUGGUGGGUGUGGCAGGGGGUGUGGCUGAUCUUCAUGCUGAUAGGUCACGAAGGAGGAGCCCCAUGGAUGAAGGUCAGUGUGAGAGGGAGGGGCCAGUGAUGUCAGAGGUAAAGGAGAGCAAAGAUGAUCAUAUCUGCAACCACUCGGACCAGAAUCAGGUCCCUGCCCAUCAGAACUGGACACAGACUACACUAGAUGAAGGUCAGGGGGUUGGACCAGACACUGUUCAACAGGACUCAUUGAACAACAAUGCAGUGGAAAAAAAAGAGGUGGAGGACAGCAGUAGAAAGAUGAAGGCAGAGGAAGAGGAUGACGAGGAUGACGUUAUGGUGGAAGAGGAGGACGACAGCAGCAGCGUGACACGUGGCCAAUCACCUGAUACGCCUAUGACUGACUCCUCCUCCUCAGACGCUGGCAGUUUGAUAGAGCUUCGCACCUCUGUCUCUCCAGACACUUCAGAUCCCAUCAGCCCCGAAGCAGGAAGUCCAGACGAUCCUUUCUACAGUGACCCUGAGAGUGAGUCACACACCUGUACCCCAGGACCCACCACCUCCUCUCCAGGACCCACCACCUCCUCUCCAGGACCCACCACCUCCUCUCCAGGACCCACCGCCUCCACCCCAGGACCCACCGCCUCCACCCCAGGACCCACCGCCUCCACCCCAGGACCCACCACCUCCACCUCAGGACUCACCGCCUCCACCCCAGGACCUGCCACUUCAGGAUCGGUCGCCUCCACCCCAGGACCCGUAGCCACCACCCCAGGACCAACCUUUCCCCCCCCAGGACCAGCCGCUUCUCCCUCAGGCCCCAACGCCUGCACUACAAGAUCCACUACCUCCACCACGGGACCCACCACCUCCUCCACGGGACCCACCAAAGAGCCUGUCGCUAGCCCUGCACUUCUGGCCACCCUACAGGAAUUGGGGGAGCGUGGAGAUCACACACACCUACCUGAGUACCUCCAUCAGAUAGCCGAGGCCUUUGUACUCCAGGAAGAUUAUGAGCGAGCAGUGUGGUGUAUUCAGCUGGAGAGGCUGUACCACCAGAGACUAGUACAAAAUCUGACAGCACUACAGGAGCAGUGGGAGCAGCGAUGCAGGUCAGGCGGUCAGGCAGAGAGGAGCAGCCACACUGACCUGGCUGCAAGGCAACUGGAGCGACUCACGCACGUCUGCCGAUCACACCAACGACCCAGUGUGAGAGCAGAGGAGCAUGAGGAUGUGGACUUCGUGAUGAAGAGCUCUGUGCGUGUUGAUGAAAGACCCCAUACAUGUAGCGUUGAUUGGUUAGUUGAUUCCGUGUCAGGGCAGGAGGAGGGCCAGAGAAGAACAGACCCUACCCACUCCCAGAGCAUCCACCCAAUCGAAUCAGCCCUCAUGGACAGGCCCUGCUCCAAUGAUUGCACAGCUCCAGGCGUGUCACAGGACUGCAGAGAUUCUAAGGGGAUUAGGGGUUUCCAUAGAGACCAUCUGAUUGACGGCUCUCUCGCCGAAGGGGAGGAGAGGUUGGGGAGGGCUGAUCUGAGCGAAGGAAUGGACCAGCGGACUGAGUUGGAACACACCAUUCAGGAGGGGGGGGGUGGGUCAGACCCCCCGCCAGCCAGGGAAAUGGGCCGACCUAAGCCUGAGGAGCAGCACGGUGGAGAGGAUGAACUGGAGGAGGAUGAGGUGGAAGAGGCAGAGGAGGCUUUGCUAUUGGUUGGAGAAGAGGCUGAGGAGGAACAGAGGAGAGAGAGCGCUGUGUGUAUGGACGCUCCUCUUGAGAUCUCAGUCAUAGCGGUAAAGGAGCGAGAUGACCACGUUAAAGAGGUCCAGCUACAUGUGGAGGAGCCCCCGGUUAGCGUGGAGCCCCCGGUUAGCGUGGAGCCCCCGGUUAGCGCAGAGCCCCCGGUUAGCGCAGAGCCCCCGGUUAGCGUGGAGCCCCCGGUUAGGGAUUCUGAUCAAGUAGAAGACAUGUUUGGAGUGGAGAUAAUGGACACUAUCAGAGGGGGCGUGUCUUCUCUGGAUGACAUGGCCAAACGCAUCACAGUGGAGGAGAUGACCCCUGUUCCUGGACUAGUGUCUAUCCUGAAGAGGAGGAGUGUGUGUGUGGAGGAUGCUGAUGUCACUCCCUCUUUGACUCCACCCAAGCAACAACAGCCUGCUAAGCGCAGGGUCCGCUUCAAAGUACCAGAGGACGGUUUUGACCAGGAUGAGGUGGGGUUAGACUCCUGCCUCCUCCUCUUUCUGCUCUGCCUGGUCACCGUGGUGAUCAGCCUGGGAGGCACCGCCCUCUACUGUGCUCUGGGCGACGCCCACUCGACCGUCUGUACUGACUUCUCCCGGAACGCUGACUUCUACCUCGCGCAGCUGCAUCAUGGGAUGGAUCAGCUCCGGCACUGGCUGACCCCUGGGUCUUAGCUGACCCCACCAAGGGGAGACAGUGGAAGAGGGGGGGGGGGGGGGGUCUUUGUUUUGCAGGGUCCAUGCGCUCCUUUCUCAAGCCUGGACACGCUGUUUCUCCCAGUACCUGGCAUUCUGUUUGUCUGUGUUUGUGUGCGCGCACUUGUGCGUGCGUGUCUUUGGUAGGUGGGAGAGAGAGUAAUGGAAUUGUGUGUGCAAGUGCAGUCCCUGCUAAAGACUGCAACGCUGCCUAUAAGGCCUGAUCUAGGAACUGUGGUUUUUGACUACGGAGAGGCAAACGACACAGACCAGACUGACUGUGGGUCUGCCCAAUUGUUUGGAUUGACUGUGCCGGACAGACCCACUGACUUUGGACCUGCUGUGACGCAUGGGGCUUUUAGACACCAGCGUGGCUCUUUGAUGACCGACGCCAUUUUACAUCUCAACUACCCCUCAAAUAUAAACAAUUCUGCUGUGGUCAGAAACACUAAAUGUCUUAAAAAAAAAAAAACUUCCAGUAAUGUUUUUAUUUAAAAUAUAUAUAUAUUUUACUUGUAUGUUCCUCAAUGAUGAGGAUUCUUAUGGUCUACGUCUGGGACUUUGUUUAGGCUGAUGUUAGAAGUUGCCCCCAAAACACACGUUCUGAGAUCGAAACCUUCUACCAGGAGGGGGGAGGGACUACUUUUGCAACAUUUCAGGGUGUCUGAAAUUGGUGUUGUUUUCAGGUACAGACAGUUCAGGCUGAUUGUAGCGAUGACCAUUGGUUGGUGGGUGGGUGUCAGAUGUAGAUAUAUGCAACAUGGACGAGAAAGCAAUACCUGUCUGUAACCAUUUGUUAAUGAAUGUUUAAAUCAUUAAGGAUCAGAUUAGUUGAAUGGUACUAAAGAAUAAGAGUUUGGUUAAUAAGAAUCUGCUAAGCUGGGGGUGGUCUUUGCUCAGGAAUGAGAAUAUGUCUCUUUAUUGUUAAAUAAUGAACAUCAGUUUCCUGUCUUACCCCAAGGCAUUACCUCCUGCCAUCGGUGGAAUCUAUCUUUAGCAUAUUAUUUGUUUGUAAUCAUGGCUUUAUUUUAUUUCAGGCUUUUAGUCUAUUUAAUUGAUUUUAUUUUAUAUUCUUUGUGUCAGUCAGUGGCAGUGCCCAGGGUUAGUGUUUAGUUAUAGGUGUUUUUAAAAUUGUAGGUGGGCUUGUCAAAGUGGAUCCUAUGAGGAUUUUGGGGGCUGGCCAGUGACUUUCAGACAGCAUCCUAACAUUCUACAGUGGCUUCCUCUCCUCAUCUCCUUUCCUUAUCGCUGCUGAAAACACUAGACCGGUCAAACCAACAGCAAAGUGUCAUCAUAUUCAUAUAUUUUGUUAAAUUAAUAAUGUAUAAAUACAUUAAUAAAUAAAUAUGUAUGCACAAUCUUAUUAACUUGGAGGAAAAGGGUUUGCUUUGAUAUCUGUAUUUUCAGGAGGGAACCAAUUGAAGGAGAGGUGAUGAGGAAAGAAUGCCACUUGAGGCUAUUGAGAUCUUAGGUUUUUGAAUCAUUUGCACGUGUCUUCUGGCUGGUCCAGACGACUCUGGUCUAACGCUUUGGAAGUUAAGUAUUUAUAUCAUAUCUGCACAAUGAGGGGGAGAGGAAAAACAAACGAUCAAAUAAAUCUUGGUGCGUGUCAUUUUUUGUUUCUCGUUUUGACUUGACGUGGGUAAUGUAGUUAGUAACAAUUUUGUUUUGUAUGUUAAAUUGUCUUUGUUUUGUUCUUGAAGAUCGUUUGAAGUAGGGCGAUCUCCAGAGACUCACCAUGCAAUGUCAGUUGAAAAAGUCAGGACAGAAGCUCUAUGUAAAUGUUUAUUUUUAUGUUUUCAAAUGCUUUAACUGAUCAUGAAACGUGAAGACAAUAAAUGUUUUUCAUCAUGG